CCCGUCGAUCGCGAUCUGGUCCGAAAAGUGGAAACAAAGUGAAGAUAAAUUAAUAAGCAAUUAGCCAGUGCAAACAGACUGUUGUCAGUCGACCAGCCGCCUGGCAGACCAACCGAAGCAGCUGAGCAGAUACAGAUAGUGCCGCCUCCGCCCCGCGCCGCGUGGAACCAAAAUAAACAGGCGUCGGUGGAGAAAGGAGAAAGGGGUGCAGAGCGGGGCUGUCGCGGGGGCGCGGGGCCAGCGGACAACGAGGCAGAAACAAAAGCACGAAACGGCGGACAGAACCAGUCGAAACAAAACAACAAACCGGAGCGGUCGCACUCGAAAAAGCGAAAAGCGAAUAAAAUUUAUUUCUGUGCUCGCCCAGUGUGUGUGCGUGUGUGUGUGUGUGUGUGCGCGCGCGUGUGUGUCUUGUGUAUAUUUAAACAAUAUUUCAAAAAAAAUCAUACGCCAGACGAAAGGUGAAAUACUGAAAAACGAAGAUCGCCUCCGCCACAGCGAAGCGGAGCAGACAGAUAAAUAAAAACAGAAUCCGAGACAAAAACAACGCGACUGUGACGCGGCCAGGUGCUGGAGGUCACUCGGCCCAUUUCGCAUAGUAGCACCACCACAGCCACCCCAGCCACCCCCCUUCCAAGCGCUUCCACUUCCAGUUCCAGUUCCAGCCGCCCGCGAACAGCACGCGCGAUCUGGAAAAAAGAGUUAUUGGAAUACAAAUACAACGGCAAACUCACGCGCCUCAUCGCUCUUACUGCCCGCCCUCUCGACUGAUAAACGUCAGUUGAUAAACGCACACAUCGCAUCAGGGCAGCCGCGCGAGACAAACCAUCCAAUUAUUCCAAUAAAGCCAGCGCCAAGUGCGAAUGCGCCCUCGAUUUGUAUGCCAUCAGCAGCACUCGGUUGCCCACUGCCACUUCCAUCCCCUCUCGCACUUCCAGACCCAUUCCCACUUCCAUCACCCGCCCAAUCCGCACUCCCACUCGCCGCCACCCCCCCAGCACUUUUACUGCGCCACUGACGUCAGCCCGCGGCGUUAUCGCGCUGCCAACAUGGUGGUGGCCGAGGGAGUUAUGGACUCCGGAUCGGGGAUCGGCGCGGGCGCGGGCGCGGGCGCGGGCGCGGGCAUGGGCAUGGGGUACUUCAACGAGACCCCGCUCUCCGAGCUGGGCGUCGAGACGCGCAACCAGCUGUCCCGCAUGCUGAACCGCAAGAAGGUGCUGCGCUCCGAGGAGGGCUACCAGCGCGACUGGCGGGGCAUCCUGGAGCUGGCCGAGCAGAAGGGCUUCGUCGAGGAGAACGCCAACAAUCCCAUGGAGCUGCUGCUGACCAGCUGGUGCCAGCGCAGCCCCAAGACCGCCAAGGUGGGCAACCUCGAGAAGUACCUGGGCAUCAUCGAUCGGUGGGACGUCUGCGACGAUAUCCAGGAGAAUCUGGCCAAGGACACCCAGCGCUUCAAUACAAAGCAGGAGCAGCGGCAGAACUCCUUGUUGGAGGCGUAUCCCUCGCCGCCCAGCGACUGCCUGGAGACCAACAACAACUACAGCAGCAACAACAACGUCACAGUGGGCCAAAGUGUGCAGAUCCUGAGCGAAGAGGACCAGAGAUACGUGCAGAUGGGCCAACCGCUGCCCAGAUACAAUGCCUGUGUCCUGUACGCCGAGGCAGACAUCGAUCAUGCCACCGAGAUCAUGAACAAUCUGGAGUCUGAGCGAUACAAUCUCAGGCUUUUCCUGCGCCAUCGCGACAUGCUAAUGGGCGUUCCCUUCGAGCAUGUCCAACUCUCGCACUUCAUGGCCACCCGCUGCAACCACCUGAUCGUCGUGCUCACAGAGGAGUUUCUUCGCAGUCCGGAGAACACGUACCUCGUGAACUUCACCCAGAAGAUACAAAUCGAGAACCACUCGCGCAAGAUCAUACCGAUUCUGUACAAGCCGGAUAUGCACAUACCCCAGACCCUGGGCAUCUACACGCACAUCAAGUACGCCGGGGACUCCAAGCUGUUCAACUUCUGGGACAAGCUGGCGCGGUCGCUGCACGAUCUGGAUGCCUGCUCUAUCUACUCCACGCGACAGGUGCAAACACCCUCGCCGGUGGAGGAAUCGGCUCCCCCGCGGGUGACCACGCCCAGCAUUCGGAUACAGAUCAACGACAAGGACGUGACCGACCUGCCCAACUUCAAGGUGCCGGAGGCGGAGACCACAAUCGUUUCGGUAUCCGGCGACACCGGCUCCCCUCUGCCGGAGCACAAGCCGAAGAAGAAGGAUCGUUUCCUGCGCAGGAUCACGCACAGCUUCGCCAAGACGCCCAAGAACGAGGGCGGCAGUGCGAAGACCCUGCGCCACGCGCACUCCGUCAGCACCAUCAACGUUACGGAGCGGGAGAGGACACUCAGCGCCAGCAGCUCCAACAUCUCCACCACGUCGGAGAGCAAGAAGAGCUUCAUCAAGUGGCAGCCGAACAUCCUGAAGAAGGCCCUCUUCUCCCGGUCCAGCAACAAGCUGCAGACGCCGGGCUGAGGGAUCCUAGCGAUAGGAUGGCCAUUCAUUCGCUUGACCCCUUGAUUCCCAGUCGUGCGCCCAGUCUAGUGGCGGCCAAAAAUGGUCGGCCCACGUCGUCACCCUCCACGCUUAGUGAUAGUCCUUAGCCUAAUCCCUAUCGAAGUCAACUAACUUAAUACACCUAGACGCACUUGUUAACUUACAGUACAUAAGACAACAACGAAUAAAGACAAUACCACAUAUCAGCACAAAUGUAUCACAGGCACGCACAGAGCACCGAAGAGAUGCGAUAUACGAUAUGAUAUACCAUAUGCACUAUAACGAACGUGGAUUUGAUAAACAGACAAAUUGAGGUUAAAUGCGCGACACUGCUAAUCGAAGUGCUCAAUUAACUGUUAGUCACGCGUUCGAUAAGUGACUUACUUAAUUUAAUUAUCUCUGCGGCUGUGCUCGCAACUCAGAGCUCAGACCCCAUGUGGGAUGAGUAAUGUCCAUACGAGUAUAUAAACUAUACGUAUUACGAGUAUUGCACAUUGUAAAUUGCUCAAGCAGUUCUAAUAGGUAUGUUUUGUUUGUUUUGGGUACCGCCUUGGUGCCAGUUCCCCCCUUGUGAUUAGCUUUAAGGUUGCCGAUUGCACACACUUAAUAAAAAGCAAAGCAAAGAUUAUCAA